AUGACGAGUGGAUUUGUAAGCACCAAAGAGCUUACGGAGGAGAAAAAAGCCUGUCAAGACGCUUGGGAAAAAGUUCGCAAGCCGACUGAUCCUACAUGUAUGUUUUUUCAUUGAUUGCAUAACGUGGAAACUCAAUUUUCAGUGGCUCCGGAACCAGAAUACUGCAAUAAAACGUUGUUCGAGCAGUUAAAGGACAGAAAAGAUGCGAAACAAUUGGAAAUCGACGAGGCCAAAAAACUCAGUGAGUAUCACUGCCCGAAUUACAACUACAACUACAACUUGGGUCUUUCAGAAAACAUGGUUCGAGGAAUCGACGAAGACGAAAGUGUGUUCCUGUCUGAUCUUGACACCUCCAAACGAGUUGUGAAAAUGCAGAACAAGAAGGAAGAGCAAGAAGUUAUCAAAGAGAUGACAGUGACUCAACACCUCGCCGCCAAACAGCCUCCCACCGCCCGACUCAUUCUAAAACCGUCGAGUUCCGGUGUCGUCGCCCCUCCGAAGUCAAAGCAAGCCGCCAUUUUGAGCGCCGCUAUCAAACGGAAGUCCACGUAAGUUCAUAUUAUCUCGGAAUUGUUUGGGAAAUUUAAUCUUCAGAAGCGCAACGCCCGAGGAAAAGAAAGAAGAAGCCGCCGUCCCUGCCAAAAUCUCAAAACCCGAACCAGUGAUCAAACAAAUCGGAGCGCUCCAAGCCCUUUGUGACUACGCGCCUUCGAGUGAUUCUGAAGGCGACGACUCCUCAGACAGUGACGAGCCAGACACCCUUCCGAUCCUCGUGACGUCAAAGCCGGAGAAAAAACAAAACAGCGGCGGUUGCGAGUGA